CCAUCAUGAUUAUGUAAAUAAGCUGCAAGAGUGAGUGCAGGUUGAAACCGCAGUGAGACGAGCGUGUAUGUGCGUGUGUGUGCGUGUGCGUGUGCGCGUUGCCCGUUCGGGGCCGGGGCCCGUCGGUAGAUGGCGGUAACCCAAGAAAGCUGAUCCACCGAGCAGGGGAGGGCUCUCGGCCACUCGGGCUCCGGUGUUUGCGGCAGGCAGGCAGCAGCAGCAGCAGCAGCAGCGCCGAAGCACACCGUGAAGGACACCAGGAGAGAGUAGCGCACCUCUCCGGCUUCAGCCCCCCCUCCACCUCCCCGGCCCCCCCUCUUAGAGCACGCAGCCAUGGAGGACAAACCCAACUCGUUCUCCGGUGCCAAGGAGGAGAAAGCGGACGGGAAUAACGCCUUCCAGCGGCAGGACUCCAUCCAGAAGAACAACAGCACGGGCGGCCAGAACCCGAAGGAGCACGGCAACUCGGUGGGCUUCAAGGGAGAGCGCGACGAGGCCAUGGUGGGCUUCGACGACCUGGAGGCGGCAUCCAGGCAACACGGGUUCAUGCAGAGGCAAUUCGGGGCCAUGAUGCAGCCCGGAGUCAAUAAGUUCUCCCUGCGGAUGUUCGGCAGCCAGAAAGCGGUGGAGAAGGAGCAGGAGCGGGUGCAGACGGCCGGCUACUGGAUCAUUCACCCGUAUAGCGAUUUUAGGUUCUACUGGGACUUGAUAAUGCUCAUCAUGAUGAUGGGGAAUCUAAUCAUCAUUCCUGUGGGAAUAACCUUCUUCUCAGAGCAGACCACCACCACCUGGUUGGUGUUCAACGUGGCCUCGGACACCAUCUUCCUGGUGGAUCUGGUCAUGAACUUCAGGACGGGCAUCGUCAACGAGGAGAGCUCCGAGAUCAUUCUAGACCCCAAGGUCAUCAAGAUGAACUACCUGAAGAGCUGGUUCGUGGUGGACUUCCUGUCAUCCAUACCAGUGGAUUAUAUCUUUUUGAUCGUGGAGAAAGGCUUCGACUCUGAAGUGUACAAGACGGCGCGCGCCCUACGCAUCGUCCGCUUUACCAAGAUCCUCAGCCUGUUGCGCCUGUUGAGACUGUCUCGACUCAUCCGAUACAUACAUCAGUGGGAGGAGAUCUUCCAUAUGACCUAUGAUCUGGCUAGCGCUGUGGUAAGAAUAUUUAACUUGAUAGGCAUGAUGCUGCUGCUGUGUCACUGGGACGGCUGCCUCCAGUACCUGGUGCCUCUGCUCCAAGACUUCCCCCCUGACUGCUGGGUGUCGCUGAACGGUAUGGUUAAUGUGUCCUGGGGCAAGCAGUACUCAUACGCCCUCUUCAAAGCCAUGAGCCACAUGCUGUGCAUCGGCUACGGCGCCCGGGCGCCGGUGAGCAUGUCGGACCUGUGGAUCACGAUGCUGAGCAUGAUCGUGGGCGCCACGUGCUACGCCAUGUUCGUGGGACACGCCACCGCGCUCAUCCAGUCGCUGGACUCGUCACGUCGGCAGUACCAAGAGAAGUACAAGCAAGUGGAGCAAUACAUGUCCUUCCACAAGCUUCCGGCGGACAUGCGGCAAAAGAUCCACGACUACUAUGAACACCGCUACCAGGGCAAGAUCUUCGACGAGGACAACAUUCUUAGCGAACUCAAUGAUCCACUCAAAGAGGAAAUUGUCAACUUCAACUGCCGCAAGCUGGUGGCUACCAUGCCACUAUUUGCCAAUGCUGACCCCAACUUUGUGACGGGGAUGCUGAGCAAGCUGAAGUUUGAGGUCUUCCAGCCCAACGACUACAUCAUCCGUGAGGGCACCGUCGGCAAGAAGAUGUACUUCAUCCAGCACGGGGUUGCCAGCGUCAUCACCAAGUUCAACAAGGAGAUGAAGCUGACGGAUGGGUCCUACUUCGGAGAGAUCUGCCUUCUCACCAAGGGCAGAAGGACAGCCAGCGUGAGGGCCGACACCUACUGCCGCCUCUUCUCGCUGUCCGUGGACCACUUCAACGAGGUUCUGGAGGAGUACCCUAUGAUGCGACGGGCCUUUGAGACGGUCGCCAUCGACCGCUUGGAUCGUAUCGGGAAGAAGAACUCGUUGCUGCUGCAGAAGUUCCAGAAGGACCUGAACGCCGGCGUUUUCAACACGCAGGAGAACGAGAUCUUGAAACAGAUCAUUCGCCAGGACCGGGAGAUGGUGAUGAUGGUGGAACGCAAGCAGUCGGUCAGCGGGAUGAACUCGACGCCAAUGUCCGGCAACUCCAUCAUUAACUCGCCAGCGCAGCCGCCCUUCUCCGCCGCCUUUGGGAUGAGUCAGUUCCAGCAGUCGUCGGUCCCUUUGACCUACAGUGCUUCAGCUAUCGCCAACGCCUCCGCUGCCCGAAUGCUGCCGGCUGCCGCCGCAGCGGCCCUCUACCCCACCACCAGCGUUUCCCAUCUCGGUUCCUCCUCCGCCAACCCUCAGACACCGCUCCAGGGAGCCAUCAUGUCGCCGUGCUCCUUCACGGCCGCCAUGUGCAGUCCACCGGUACAGACGCCACUGGCCAGCCGGAGCUUCCAAUACGGCUCUCCCACGGCGUCCCAGCUGUCGCUCAUCCAGCAGCCUGUCGGCCAGGCGUCUCUCACCGGCCAGCAGUCGCAACUUAGCCAGCAGACACCUGUGUCAGCUGCGGGCGGUGCCGCGACGCAGCAGCAGUCUCCGCAGCAGCAGCAGCAGCAACAACAGGUCCCUUCGCCCCAGCGAGGCGACGUCCACAAGAGCACGCAGGCUCUGCAGUCCGGCAGCUUGAGUCGAGACGUGCGACACUUGUCGGCCUCGCAGCCAUCCCUGCCGCACGACACGUCGCUUGGGCUGCGGGCGCAUCAGGCCUCGGGCGACUCGCUGGCCUCCAUCACGCCGCUUGCGGUCACAGCGGCUGCGGCGGCCAUCCAGGGGAUGAGUCUCCAGAGCGGCAUCCGCACCACAGUGCCCCAGCGGGUAAAUUUGUUCCGGCAGAUGUCGUCGGGGGCCCUGCCGCCCGUCCGCUCCGCAUCGGCGGCGACGGCAGCCUCGUCGUCAUCAGGUCAGCACAGGGAAUCCCCUGGCUCACGGAGAGAUUCUGUCCUGAGCAGUACGGAGACUGACCAAGACAAAAUGCGCUUUGCAUCAAAUUUAUGAUCCCAUUUUUUUCUUUUUGAUUCUUCUUCUUUUUGUUAACCAUGAAGGAGCUCCAAACUACUUCAGCAUUGUUUUCUCUUCUCAGAUAACCUCAUUGAAAUCGUGUACAUACGACACCCUUGGAUUAUAUUUUAGACACAUUGUCUCCCUACUUAAGAAUGUAUAUUAUACAGAUAAUCUCUUUUUCUUUUAUGCCAUAUCUAGGAAUAUAUACACAUACAGUAUCUGGUAUAUGGCCUGUGUGUGUGUGUGUGUGUGUGUGUGUGUGUAUAUAUGGUACGAAUGGGAGAGAUUGCGCGAGUGCAUGUGACUGCGUGUUGAAAUCCAACUAUAAUAUAUUUCGCAAUGGCAAUUGAAAAAAAGCUGUAGUAUAAAAAAAAAACACGUCUUCCUUUCUGAGAAAUAUAAUGAAUUAUAUACAAUGUAUGACUUUUUUUAUUUAUAUAUUUAUGAUUUUUUGGGGGGUUUGUUUUUUAUCUGGAAUGCAUUACGGAUUGUGACUUCCUUUUCCACCAAUGAGGAAGAAGCAGCUUUUAGCGUCACUGUGGAAUCAUACGUGCAAAGUAAACACUUGCAAAUCAUCUUUAAAAAAAAACAAAACAAAAAGAAGAAGAACAAACAACAACAACAACAAAAAAAGCACACGCUCACACGGAGGAAUUUUUCUGGACUUUCAGAAAACAAAAGCGUACGGAAAGUGUUUGCAACCUCGACAGUGUUAAGGGAAUGAAUAAGAGAAAAUGCUGCUUUAAGACGAGCGUGACGGAUGGACGAAAGGACGGAUGGAUGCGUUUGUUUUCUAUUCCUCAUUUGGGAUGGUUGAAAUGUGACGUAACGACGAGACAGAAAGAAAUGAAACUGUGUAUAUUUAUAAUAUUUAUAAACUAAAGAAUUAUCACCAUUAUGCAAUAGACUGUGACAUAAAGAUUACCUAUACGUGUGCUGUAAAUAGUUUUUGUGGAGCUAGUAUUUACAGAUACUGUGUGGUGCAUUCUCUCUAUCAUAAACAAAUGUCUUACUUCUGUCGGGAAACCCAACUAACCCACCCGCAAACGAUAAAACUGACAAAUGAACCUUAAUGCAAAAAUACAGCAUACUGAUGAACAGGCUCGACGAGAGUACCAUUUGAAUUUAUUGUUACAGUAUAUACAUUGUCUUUAAAAUGUUUCCGAUUUCAGCUAGUUUCAUCUACCUUGAUGCACUUUUAAAAGUCAUUUCGAUUUACCGCACUAUGAAAUACUUGAACAGACCCAAGACUCCAAUUGAGGCAGGUUGGGUUUCGAGAGAAGCUCAGCUGUGGCAUUGGAAGAAUCCAUCCAUCCAUUUUCUGAGCCGCGCGGGCGUGCUGGAGCCUAUCCCAGCUGUCAUCGGGCAGGAGGCGGGGUACACCCUGCACUGGUUGCCAGCCGAUCGCAGGGCACAUACAAACAAACAACCAUCCGCACUCACAUUCACACCUAGGGGCAAUUUAGAGUCUCCAAUUCAUGCAUGUUUUUGGGAUGUGGGAGGAAACCGGAGUGCCGGCACGGGGAGAACAUGCAAACUCCACACAGGCGGGGCCAGGGAUUGAACCUGGAUCCUCAGAACUGUGAGGCUGACGCUCUAACCGGUUGUCCACCGUGCCGCCUGGAAGAAUCCAGUGUUGUUGAUUAUUUCUUUUUUUUCUGGCAAAUUUAUAAUAUUUUUUUGAAUGAUUUUUAAGCUUCCGUUCAACUUAAGACCACUGAAAAACCACUCUGAACAGUAAAAGGUUAAAAAAAAAAACAGUAAAAUAGUUUCAGAGCGAGGCUCCGUAGUGGUAAUGUAAGAAACCAGUAGAUUUAUUUCAACUUUAGAUGUUGCAUUGCCUAAUUUUUGGUGAUAUUUUCUUUUGUUUUUCCAGUUUCUGUUCAAUUUUAGUUAUGUAACACUAAUCGUGGCAAAUGCUAUCUUCAUACAGAACGGAUUAAGUAAGGGCCAUGCUCAACAUGAAUGAACUGCAAAAAAACUACAAAUCCCAUGGUGGUGGCCAUUUGCCUCACCAGUUGGCUUUAGCAAGAGUCUCAACGGCAGCAAUGUAAGAAUCCAGUUUUACUACAUGAAUUGUUUUUGUAGACAAUGUUUGGUUGAGUUUGGUUCCCCCCCCCCCCCCCAAAUAAAAAUGAAAAAUAUGCACUCUUGUUUGGUGGCGUUGGAGCUUCCUAAAUUCACAGCCUUUGAUAUAUAUUCUUGAAUUCUCAUGUUUUCCUCUCCUCUUAACACCGGUUGUUGAGGCUGCUACUUCUCUUGGAUUAAAAGCCAAAGAAAAAAACGUGUCGCAUCAAUCCUUUGGCUCUCGCUGGAUUGAGGUCUUGUGAUUUGUCACUCACACAUUGCCUAUUUUCCAAAGAUUUGGUUUCAAUUAUUAACUGUACAACCACCGGAACGUUUGACUUUGUAGAUUCAAUCUCCAAACCUUUUUACAAAUUUAGAGGCAUAUUUUUAGCUUACCAUUUUUGGGAUCAAUUCUGAAUUGGAAACUUCAUGAAUGUUUAACUUAGUAGGUUCUACUGUUAGGAUUUGACAAUUGUUAGUUACCGGCAGGUGAAACUCUGUUUAACCCAAAUUUGGUGGAUCGUGCCGUAGUAGUCUAUCAGUAACCUAUGUAAUGUAGCACUAAAGACAAAAUAACAAUAUUUGUAUCAAAAAUACUUCUAGGCCCUAAAUAUAAAACAAUCAAAUAAAAAAGAGUACCGUCAUUUUAAUAUGAAAUAUUUUUACACCUAGCUAGUUUAUUGCGCGCCGUUCAUAAACUCCAAACUUCAUAUUACCAAGGACCCCAUUAGUAUUAACAACUGUCAAAAUGGUAGCUUUUGUUUCAGAAAUGGACUCGACAAACAAAAAAGAUGAUUUAAAAGCGAGUCAAUGGAGGUAGCUUGAGAGUUUGUUGCAUUAUGAGAUAGUCCCCAGGAAUCAUUAAGGACUUUAAGCUUUGGCGAAAAAUGGGCCAAUGAAAGGCUGCAAAGCGCACCUGUUUGCAUUAAGGUUCUACGUCUCAUGUGAAUCCUUCCUCGUGGGCUCGGACACACUAAACCAACCCGAAAACGGUCGCAGAACUUUCCAGGCAAAGACCUCGACUCUUUCCAGUUCGCAUCUGAUGGAUCGGAGAGGCCGUCAUUAUGGCCUCCAGGGUUGCUUAGCACAUACCGUAAAUGCAGUGAGAUGGUCACGCGUAUCCGAGCCCUUUGGGGAAUGAGCUUUUGGCUACAAGUUUGUGUCGAUGGUGGACCGAUACGAUCCUGCCACCGCCGUCAAUGAAAGCAUGCACUGUCACGACAAAAAAAACAAAAACAAAUGUUGACGUUAAAUGUUGAUGUUCGAUGACGUUAAUUGUCCGUCCGCCUCGCUGUUGUCUGUGCGAGCAUCAACCUUUCACAUGGACAUUCUUACGUAUUUGUGCCUAAACUAGAGCAAUGUUCCGCUCAUCUUCGGUUCAUUCCCGACGUUCCUCUUCUACAUGUUUUAUGUCUCUGGGUUUGUGUUGUUGUUUUCUUUAGACAGGAAAGGUGUUGGGGCGACGGCCAAAUGUCUCACGGCAUCCAACUUUUUCAAGCAGCUUGUUUAUUUUCUCUCUCACAUUCACACUGUAAAGUGGAUUUUUUUUUUUUUAGGGGGGGCGAAUAGUGCAAUCUUAACACAAUAAUAUCACGCACGACAAAACAUACAAACGUUAAGCACCUUUCUUACCUUUUCUUUUUCAUAGCUUAGGCACUGACGUUUGUGCAAGGAAACUGGCCAAAGCGAGAAAAAAGUAAUUGUCUUUUUGUUGCGAAUUGCACUUUUCAAGUAGAACACUGAACAUAUUUUUGGGUGGCGGGUUUCCAGCAAUGAGCGCUUAAUUGUGAAUCUGCCAUAGUUGCAUAGGAACGAGUGACGACGCAUCGCAGGACUGUUGCUUUUCGUUUUUUUGAAUCUUAUUUUAUACUUGCCUUCGGAGGGAGUGCUUCCCAACUAUGUGCUUUUGUUUUUAUCUUUUCUUUCCUCACUCUUUAGAUCACAGUUCCCAGACGGGCAUUAAUGGCGACGUAACAAGCUUACACUUUAGCAGCGUAGAGAACCCUCAACAAACCAGCACAUACUGUAUGUUUGUAUGUAUAUUUUGGAUUUUGUUCUUUCUUUUUUUAGUCAUUGUUCGUCGGUUUGUUUGGUGUACGGGGAAGAAAAAUAGAGAUGCAAAAAGAAUUUUCGUAGAAGACGAGAGCCACAUUUCGGUUUUGAGUUUUUUCGCGGAGGACAAGAAAGAUUAAUGUAACCUUUCUUACAACAAUAUGCAGACAAACAGUGUUUGUCAAAAAAUUCCUUUUUAUUUGUAUUUUGUUUUUGUUUUACUUUAUUUGUAAAUAAUAAACCUUUAAGAUAUAGAAAAUAAACGACAUAUUGUCAUUUAAAAGCAA